AUGACGUCGGCUACAAGUACGUCGAAAGCUAGAGAAGCCGAUAGUGAGGAAACCGCUGUAGAGAGACGGGGCACGCGACCAAGAAGCAACGAGGAGAAGGCACGCCGAAGAUUCGUUGGAAAGUUCUUCAACAAGAAGGAUAAGCCGGCCGAAGAAGAUGACAAGCCUAAGAAGAGACCUUGGUACAAGGGAAAGGAGCUGUACCACUCAGAACCUUUCACUUUCCGAAAUCAAAUCUCUCGGACCAUUUUCAGCUCUUGGGUCAACAUCCUCUUGAUUGCGGCGCCUGUGGGUAUUGCUCUGAAUUAUGCUGGAGUCGACGGCAAAGUCGUUUUCACCGUCAAUUUCAUUGCCAUUAUUCCUCUUGCAGGGAUGUUGAGUUUUGCAACUGAGGAAAUUGCUCUACAUCUCGGAGAGAGUUUGGGUGGUCUUCUCAAUGCUUCUUUUGGAAAUGCUGUAGAAUUGAUUGUUGCCGUCAUUGCUCUGGCCAAAGAUGAAGUCGUCGUUGUUCAAACUUCGCUUAUCGGCAGUAUCUUAUCCAACCUACUCCUUGUUAUGGGAAUGUGCUUCUUCUUUGGUGGUUUGAGGAGAUCCGAGCAAUUCUUCAACAAGACCGUUGCUCAGACUGCUGCUAGUUUGUUGGCUCUGGCCGUUGGAAGUGUCAUCAUUCCCACCUGUUUCGAUCAAUUCAGCAAUACGCCAACAUCUUCGGUCGCCGCUCUUUCACGUGGAACAGCUGUUAUCCUCUUAGUCGUCUACGCUGGAUAUCUCUACUUCCAGCUACACACCCACGUUGACAUGUUCAAUGAGGAAAGUCAGAAAGUUCCCAUGAAGCCUCGCAAGCAUGCUCUGCCCCAGGGCGCCAUUUCUAAAGGUCUUGCCAAAGCUGGUGGUAUUGGAGCAGGAGCUGGUCGCCCUCAUGUUAUUGACCGACCUCCAAAUGAUGAAUUGAUCAAGACUACUGCAUACGAAGAAGCAGAUGAGGAGCCCGAGGAACCCACUCUUCACAUCGCUGUUGCCUGGGCUACUCUUGCUGGUGCUACAGCAAUCAUUGGACUUUGCGCUGAAUUCAUGGUUGAUGGCAUUGGUUCAAUCACCGAGAGUGGUACCGUCUCAGUCGAGUUCGUUGGUCUUAUCCUCUUGCCGAUUGUCGGAAAUGCUGCUGAGCAUGCUACUGCUGUCACUGUGGCCUGCAAGGACAAAAUGGAUCUUGCUAUUGGUGUCGCUGUAGGCUCUAGCAUGCAGGUUUCCCUUUUCCUGAUCCCGCUCCUGGUUGUCAUUGGUUGGAUCAUGGGCAAGGGAGAUAUGACUUUGAGCUUUGAUGGAUUCCAAGUCGCUGUUCUAUUCGUGGCCGUUCUCCUCGUCAACUAUCUUAUUGGAGAUGGCAAAUCUCAUUGGCUUGAAGGCAUGCUUCUGCAAUGUUUGUAUUUGAUCAUUGCUGUAUGCGCGUAA